GAGAAGUGUGACCCGAUGACCUUCUAUCAUCGCGUUAGACCGUUCUUGGCUGACAGCAAGAAUAUGGGAGCCGCCGGCUUGCCUCGAGGUGUUUUCUACGACGAGAGUGACGGUAAAGGCGAAUGGCGGCAAUUGCAGGGCGGCAGCAAUGGGCAGAGCUGCCUCAUCCAGCUCUUAGACGUCGUUCUCGGCAUCGAACACAACUCCAACUGCGUCACCGACUAGAAGAGCUUACAUCAUGAGGCUAGAGAAUAUAUGUCGGGAUCACAUCACUGAUUUC